UCUUUUUCCACUUGCUCCCCUUGCUCCCUGGCAUCAUGCUGAAUGAUGAGGCAAGUAAAAUGACACUUUUAUAAUAGUUUCACAAUUAACUAUAUUUGAGACUACACUGUAUUUGACUGUAGUACUUACAGCACUACAACAACGAACUGAGACAUAGAUAGGGAAAAGAACCACUAGCUAAAUAUGAAUUAUAAAGCAUGAUCAGCUUUGUAUCCAGCACAUUAUAGAAUAAAUCCUUGUCUUUACAUGAUACAUUCCCUGCAUCAACACAUGCACAGUGUGAGUGCCAAACACAGGGCCCAAAACUAAGUUGACUGUGAAUAUGAGUAAAUUUACAUCUAUAGACUACAGUAAGCUAGAUAAAGUUACUAUGCAACCACCAGCUAGUUAAAUGCUGACAUAUGCUCCGGAUUUCCAAAGUAGAAGCCAGCUAAAAUUAUUUCCUAUAUACAAGUAGUUUAAUAUAACAGAAUACUGACACUUUAUGACCCAUGUCUGUAUAAAGCAGAGGUCACUAAUAGGUGGAUAUUGAGAAACAAUUCAAACAUUUUCAAACAUUUAUCUUCUAAAACUUCAGUUUUUAGUUUGACUACAAUGUCUACAGCUUUUCUUAUACCUAUUAAUACUCAGUACUUCUGAUAGCAGUAUUAUCACUCCUACUCCUGCUACUACUGUUGCUGCUGCUGUUACUACUACUAAAGCUUUUACUACUAGUAGUAGCACUAAAUACUAAUUAGUGUCAGUCUAAUAACCAUGACAGGCUACUCUCCAUUUUUUAAACCAGCCAUUUUCUCCUUCUGUCUAUCAAUGACACAGCAUAUGGCUGAUUAACCUCAAUGAUAGCCACUGCAGUACUUAAUGGUAAUGUUAGUGCUCUAAUAGGCACAGACAAUCCAAAAUUGCCUGAGAAGUAUUUUUGUUUAUAAAUAUCUGGAUUAUACAGUUGGUAUUUAGUUGAUUGUACAUUUAUUUUCACAUUUUCAUGAGCAUUUAUUUUUUGAAUGAGUUACCGCUACAUUCAUUUUCAUUUUCAAUUCCACAUUUACUGCCAUGUAAGCUUUAUGAUUAUGAGGGAUGGUGUCACAUAACCUCAUCAUCAAGGUUUCUCCUUGCUCUAGUGGCUAAUCAGAGUGUGUUGGUUGCUUUAGACAAAGGUGGCAUAUGUCAUUGUGAGAUUCUUGGCUUAUAUGCUUACACUGAAAUAGAGAGCAAAUAGAAUGUAAAUACAGGUAAACAUACUAUUUAUUGUACCUUAUUCAUACAUCCAUUCAUGUUGAAUAUAUCAUGCGUGAUCUGUCUGUUACACUUUCUGUAAAGAAGGUAAAAUUGCUGAGAGGUUAAUCAAUAUGAAGGUCCCUAAUUCAGGGGCCUGACAGGAAGUCCUCUCCCAAAGAUACCAUUACUGGUAUUAGUUCUGUCUGAGGAUUGGAAAGGUUCACAGUUGAGUCAACAGUCAAUGUUCAGAGUGGUGGUGACCUGACCUUUCUGACUGCCUUCAUCAUGUUUAGGCCCUGACUCCCAAGGAGAUUUUAGAUUGCCCUUCUAGCCUAUUAGACUGUGUGGUUGGGGGAUGGGGAUUUAUUGACGGUCUUGUAGCUUUGUGUCACACUUGCUCGCUGUGAGAGGAAGUAUGAGUUUUUGGAUCAAUAUCCCUGAUCCAAAAUGUAUUACAUCUGAUAAACUGAAAACCAAAAUAAAUGUUGGAAGUAUGACUAAGGAAUCUAGAACAUUUCUGAACUUUCUGGCUUUAGACAUCGGGAUAUAUUUAACUAUUAUGCAUAUAUAAUUUCCACCUUUAAUCUUGCAUAUCAGAUAGAAAUCACCACAAAAGAAGCUGUUUAAACAGCAGGCACUUCAACUUGUGACAGUAUGAAAAUCUCAGGUGUUACCAAGAGUGCCAUUAUUCCAUUUAAGAAAAAUCCCAGAGAGCCAUAAAAGUCUAAUAGUGAACAAACAGGAGCAAUACUGGGUAAACAGAAAAAAAGGUGUGAUUACCUUUUGCCUUAAGAACAACAUUGAUUGUCACCGUACACUUGUGAGCAGUUCCCUAGGGUACUUGGCAGGUGGGAUAUUCUUAAAAUCUUGGAGAAGUGUCUCAAUCACUUAUGUCUAUGUUUAUGUUUAUGUUAUCCCAGACUGACUUGAUGUUGAGAUCAGGGCUCUGUGGUGGCCAUAUCAUCUUUUGUAGAACACCUUCGCUGAAGGUAGUUCCUUAUGACUAAAACUGUAUGUUUGAAGUUGUUGUCAUGCCAAAGAAUGAAUUUGGGACAGUUCAGACGUCAGAGGAAUGGUGUUUUGGCUGCAGGUCUUCCACAGAUAGGUGUUUUGCCAGUUCUGAGCCGCUGGCACUGAUGGACAUCUUCCAAUUUGCCUAUAUAUGUACAAAAUCCUUGAGUUUUCCUUUUUUUUGACAAUUGUCUGUUACUUUGAAGAAUUUUCUUUAACAGUACACUGUAUAUAGAUAUAACUCAGGUAAUACAUCAUCAGUUCUUAAAGCAACGUUAUUAUUAUAUUCAGUCAUGCAGAAGAUUAAAGAAUACAUGUGUUUUGUAAGAUUACGAAAAGUUUUGUGCUGGACAGUAUAUAAGGAUUUACAUAUAAAAAGUCAGAUAGAUAGAUAGAUAGAUAGAUAGAUAGAUAGAUAGAUAGAUAGAUAGAUAGAUAGAUAGAUAGAUAGAUAGAUAGAUAUCUUAUUUUAUGUUAUUACACUAAUGAAUGCAGAUAUGUGAGAAGAGUAGAACACAAUGGCAGCAUCCUCUUGGGGUGGAUCAUAUGUCUGCUUUCCUGGCUCCUUCCCCUUGACAAAAAACACACCCUUUAGUAUCAGCAUAAUCAAAGGGGAGUGGUGCUGGAAGGGAGGGCUACUGCAGUUAGCCUGCCUGUGAUUCGCUGACAUACGGUCUAAUUGGAUCAACUAGGAACUUGCUUAGCUAGAUGCUUUGUCCUGGGAUUGGUAGCAGCCUGCAAAGAGACCACGGACACACCACCAGACAGGAAGAGAGACAGAGAGGGAGGCUGCCCUGCUCACGUGUUGGAGAGGAAAGAUUGAGAGAGGAGGGCAGAGAGAAUAAAAAGGGGAGUAUCCCGUCUUUUCUGCCCUUCUGUGCUACUGCAGCCCCCGUCCUCCUCCCUCCCUUGCUCCGUCUCUCUCCCACUCGCUAUGAUUCUCUUGCUCUCUCAUUCCCCUUACUCAUCUGUUUCUGUGGCUGCGUUGAGAGGAUGGGCACCUGCCGCUCCCUGAUGAUUCAGCCUUUCAGCUACUCGGAGCUCCACAGACAAGACAGCAUGUCCCUCCUGCCACUGCAGUGCCUGGCUGUCCUGUCCUCUGCACUACAGCUGCUGCAGCUGCACCCGGCCCAUUCUGCCAAAGUGCUCAGCAAAUUUGAGGAUUCUCUUUUUGGACUCAUGAUUGUGUUUCCUGUGAGACAGCAUGAGUAAGGAACUCAUUUCCCUGGCGCAUAGCAGGCCAUCUAUAUACCUCCCAGAUUGUUAACAAGGUUUGACUGACUCUGAAUAGCAUUUUGACCUCUCUCUGAAAUCUCAACUCCGAGUCUGUGGCCUCAUGAUGGAAAACAUACUAGUGGAGACUGGUACUAGACAGCCACUGUGUGAUGCUUUGAGUUAAUAGUUGAAGUCUUUGGAAAGCCUUCAUCCAGCAGUUGGACAGGAUGACUGAGGGAACGGAGGACUUCUCUGCAGGGCCAGCUCCCCCUCCUGGAUCGACUUCCCCCACCAGCUCUACUGUUGAUACUGGACAUGUCCCCAAGGAGAAACCAGAGGAGAUAGAGGCAGCUGGUGAGAGUGGGGAGGAGGGCGCAGAAGGAACUGCAGAGGGAGGUGGUGAUGAUGAUGGGGAGCAUUUGGGGGCUUUGGGAAUUGUGGCCUUGCCAGGAACCUGCUGUGUGUGCAUAGAAAUAGAACAGAUUAACAACUGCCUGCACUCUGAGAAAAUCUGCAUUUUACCCAUCAUGGCCUGUCUGCUUAGCUUAGCCCUCUGCACAGCUGGCCUCAAAUGGGUCUUUGUGGAUAAGAUCUUUGAGUACGAACCACCCACACACUUGGAUCCUAAAAGCAUUGGACAGGACCCACUUAUCACAUCAGUUGACCCCACAUUGGGACUUACUGUGUUGAUUCCUCAUUCAUCUCCGGCUACAGUCUCCUUGACCACCACCAUUACCCCAGGACAUCCUAAUGUGUUAGUGGAAGAAAAAUCUACACAAGGGCCGUACGUGCUUCAGUCUCCCCGAGUGACUCAUUCUGAUCCCUCUGUUACACUGAAAUACAACGCUGAACGUCCCAACGUCUCAAAGCAGACUCCCCAUCCUCAGACAACACAGGAAUUAAACAACAUAAUCAUCCCAACAGUCUCCGCCACCAGCACCACCACUACAGCCAAGACUUCCAGUCAUGUGACACGCUGCAGUGACAGCCAGAGGAACUACUGUGUUAAUGGAGGGGAGUGCUUCACCCUCGAAAUCAUGCCAGGCAGCACAAAGUUUCUUUGCAGGUGUCCAAAUGAAUUUACUGGUGAUCGCUGCCAAAACUAUGUAAUGGCCAGCUUUUACAAAGCUGAGGAGCUGUAUCAGAAACGUAUUUUAACAAUAACAGGAAUCUGCAUUGCACUCCUAGUCGUGGGAAUCAUGUGUGUGGUUGCCUACUGCAAAACAAAGAAGCAGAGGAAGAAGCUCCAUGACCGACUGAGGCAGAGCAAGAGGAAUAAGAGGAAUAACAAUACCAAUACUGGUAUUGGACCAAACCUGGCAAACGCAGCUAGACAACAUCAGAUUUCAAACUUGCCUCUUCAAGAUUUUCAGCCUAUAAAUCAAUGUAAUGAGACAACUAUGCAGCAUGCAACUGAAAGGGAGACAGAAAUGACCUUCUCCACAAGCAAAUAUGCCUUAUCUGCGCAUGAACCCACCACAUUCACCCAAAUCUCCAGCCAAAGGUCUGUAUCUGCCAUGACGACCCCAACCCAGCUGUCUCCAGUGUCUCAAACCUCUCUUACAACUCCAGGGUCUCCUCCAUCAGAGAUGUCAGUGCCCCUGUCCAGCCUGGCCAUCUCUGUCCCAUCAGUGGCUUUAAGUUCCUCUGGUGAAGAGGAGCGCCCCCUGCUGUUGUUGAAAACACAAGGGCAACACAAGUCCUCAGGCCGAGAUGAACAGAAGAGGACCUCUGCCUACUACAACCAUGGCCAUAUGGAACAUAGCUUACCACCUAGCCCAUUGUUUUCGAUGGAGAAUGGUAACUACCAAAUCAUAGAUGACCAUACCACCACAGCUGCCAGCCAUAUGCUCUCAGCAUUACCCGAGAAGUUGCUUAAUACAAACAACAACAUCAACAACUGCAGCACUAAAAUCAACAGCAAUGGCCAUUUGCUGCACAAUGUGGAGUCCAGUGGUGUCAGCAUGCUCAAGAAUGAAUCACAGGAGCCUCAGGGGGAACACACACCCUUCAUUACUACGGACAGCGCUACAGCCCACUUGCGCAGGGCUGUUUACAGUAGCAGGACUAACCCAGCAUCAUCAAAUGAUGACCUGCAAGUCAAGCCAUCCAAUUCAACCACCAAACAAGAUCCAGUUACUGUGUAAAGUAAAGUAAGAAAUUGCUGAGAAUCCUUAAUGUUGGGGGGGAGGAGGAGGAGGAAAAAAGUCACUAUCAAACCUUUAUUUUCUAUAAAACAUUUGCGGUGUAAAUGAAAAAUGAAACUUUUAUUUUAGUGAUGUAGCAAAUAAAACUUUUAUACAUUAAAAAAAGAAGAAAAAAAAGGAGUGUACAAAUGUGUUCAUGUCUAGUAGGUAAAGUGCCAUACACUAGUAUGUAGCAACAGCUCACAGUAUAUUACAGUGCAGAAAAAAUAUCAAUGGUGUGUUUCUGUUUGGUAUGCUUAAGGGAACUGCAACAUUGCAUACUGGACCGUGUACUCACCAUCUUAAUCUUCCAGUUACCAAUCAAAAAAUAACUCGCUGGCUGCUUUUAAUGUCAUGUCAGUGGUCACUUCCAACUCUAGGGAGUUGGAAGUGACCACCGACAUGAAAGUUUUAUUAUUAUAUCAAAUUUAUGCGUUCAGGGUGCAUGCUACGUCCUUAAAUGCUGUGAUGGAAUAAUGAGCAGCUUGUGUGGUGUCCUCCUCUGUCACUCAACCUCACCACUCCAUUAUUUGAUUUUCAUUUACCCUGAUUAUGGGCUGUCUCACUGAAUUUCUUUUUUCUGAAAUAUAGUAUUCAAAACUGAACACUGGGACUAAUCUUAAUGGAUAAGAAAUCAGGGUAUGACCUGCAUUUUUUAAGAGGUGGAGAAGAUGUUAGAGAAAAUAAUGUUUUUAUUUGUCACUGUAUAGUCCAGUAACCUGCUGGCAAGCUAAUAUUAUAACCGUUAGAUAAAGGUGCAAUCAGUCUGGCUCUUUAAUGUAAUUUAUACUAAUUACUAAAUAAAAACAUAAUGCUUAAAAUAAACCUGUAGAUUUUUUUUCUUUAGUUAUUCUAUAGUGGGAUUUAAUCUACAUAAUUCCAGUUUACUAUUGGGCAAAAGGGUGUGAUAUUGCAGAUACAUACAGUAAGCAACUUACAAGGGACAACAAAAACACAAAAAGAUUGGUCAAAAUUGAAAUAUCUUAGACCGACAUAUCCUUACAUUUAGUAUGGCUCAAGUUCAGCGUAGCAUCCUACAUUUCCCUUAAUGUGCAAAAGUAUCUUGAAUGAAUGAAUUUUCGUUUUUCUUUCCUGGUUAGCUGGUAUCCAUAUUUUCACUUCAUUUGAACUUACUCAGUUAAUUUGUUGCCACCAAAACCUAACUUGAAGACCAGCCAUUCUCUAUUUUCUUCAACAGAACACUCCAAUUAAGUGUACCCUCCAUAACCUGUGUGAUAACACUGACUGCAUCUUUAAAUGCAAUAAUAUCUACAAACUGUGUGAAGAAUCGAAGAUUUAAUUUAUGUCUAAUUUUGUUCAACAUGAAGAUAUCCAUGUGUUCUUCAGGAAUGUAUUUUGGGGUUACAGAACUGCUAAAUAUGUAUCUGAUGGUUAACAGCUUUUAUUCCUUCAGUCAUAUUUCCGAUGUGUUUGAAUAUGACUUUUAUUUUUCAAAGUCAACAUGUAACACAUUUGCAUAUUUUUCAACUAACCUUGCUUGUGCAGUCUGUAUGUAUGGUUGUUUGGUCAUGUCUGCUGACAUAAACAUAGUUCUACCAAAGAGUGUCACUACUUCUAGACUGCACAAUAAAUAACCUUCAUUUGGCUCUGUAACCAUUUCUUUAAGUGUUUCUUAAAAUGAUUUUUAUGUAGAAUCAGAAGACAGUCUGUAUGAGUAAGUAUGAUGACAUAGACAUGCCACGUAAUUAGUGUUUUGUUUGCUGGCGAUACCGCUGUAUUUUCUAUUCACAUGAAGACUAUUAUUUAUUUGGUAAUGCUUACAGGCAUUAUUUCUGCUAUAUAAAAAAUACAUUUAUAUUUAAACAAAUAUGAUUCAAAAGAUGUAAAGUAUACAUGGCCAUCUGUUCCACAUGGCAUAUUAAUACAAAACAAAGAAUAAGUACUUAUUUAUUUUGUCACUUGUAUGCUUAACAUAACUGACAAUGCAUUGCUUUUAAGUCUAGGAGUGAUGUAAAUACACCAUGAAAACCUUCAGUGCUGUGUUUCUUAUUAAAUAUUAAAUCAGUUCUGUUUUGUGCUUCACAGUGUCAAGAUAUUUCUGAGAAAAGCAAACAUUCUUUCUGCUUCUCUGCCUUAUUACUGAAGAAUACAAUGAAACAUGUAUUCUCUUAUGUGGCUGUAAUGAAAAAGACCAUUUAUGAUGUUUUAAAUCUGAUCAUAUAAGCUAAAAUUUGUAAAAGACAAUUAUGUGAAAAAUGCUUUGGGUUUAAACCAAUUGAUAUUAUAGUAGCAUUAUCAGAAUCAGAAAUAAUGUGAAAUGAAUAUAAAUAAUACACAUUUUUACUGUUGAAUUACAAAGUUAUUUGCAAUUAAUAACUUAGAUGAGCUGGAUGUCAUGCUGUUUUAUUUUUAUUCUGGAUAGAAAUAGUAGACACAUUCUUUUUUUCAGAUUCUGUCUAUUAGAAAAUGUUGUCAGGCUUUGUACU